AUGUCCGCACACAGUGGUUGGUCUCGGCCGCAAGAAGAUGGUCCAGAGGACAUUUCGACUGUCAAGCUGGCGCCGUCUCAUCAAGAUACGCUUAGUGACGCAGCCGACCCAGCGUCAAGCGUAUCAAUAGCUGAGCCAGCGGAGGCAGAAAGCCUCAUUGACUCGGAGUCUGACAAUCAAGAGAAGAACGUUUCGCGCUCCAGACUGCCAUCAAGUGGAAUAGCUGGGGCUCAUCUCGACGUGUGGGUUUCCGUGGCAUCGGCGGCGGUACCACUUCUUGUCUUUGUGUGUCUGUUUCUCUACAUUGUGGUGGCAUACCAAGUUUCCCCAGCAGUACCCGGCGUAUCAUAUUUCAACGCUCAGGAACAGUCCACAGGCUCACCUGCAUUCUUCGUCGAUUUCUCGGCAACGUCACUAGCGACAAUCGCAUCUUGGGCGAGUAGCGUUGCCACGCUAAUCCCGAGCUUUGUCAUGACGCUGUACUCGUACCAGCUCGCGAAUGAUUUCUUGCAUGCGCAGGAAGCAAAUCCUAGCCAGCUUCCCUCGCCGUACCAGCUUGGCCUCUUGAUGAAAUCGUUGGAUGGGCGGGUCACGUCUUUCUACUAUCUUAUCUCCUAUAUUUUCUGGAAGUCAAGAGAUGGAGCGAGCAGGAUGAUCAAAUCAGCCUUCACUCUUCUAGCGGCGGUGAUGAUACUCAGCUACUCUAUCUGGGCAGUCGAUACAUGGCUGCACGUUACAACGAAAACAGUAGCUAUCUCUGCGCUUUCGACGGUAUCUCAACCGUCUGAGAAACUCGGAUUCAAACUCCCCGACGGAUGCGUCGGUUUCUAUGACACCAUGUAUCACAACGUGGUUCGUAAGCCCGAAUGCUACCUGCCGUACUAUUACUGCCCGGACGCUGGAUGUGGAUACGCUUAUGAGAUACUAGCCGCGGACUUAUCAGCCUCUACCCAAGUCCUAUCCGGGGAGCAGGAUGGCAAGACCUUCUCGUACCUCGUUGCAGCCAACACAUCUCAUAUGGACUUCUCAACUGCCACCAUCGCAGUCUCAGCGUCUUGCAAGCCCAUUAGUCGUCAAUGUGCCAUGACACCGAAAUAUUGGGGGUUCAACUGUUCAGAUCGUUUUCACGGCUACUUCGGAGGCACUCCUGAAUAUUCCGAAGACGUCCGCGACUUCGGAAAUGGUUGCAUGGGCAUGUUUAGCGACGCGAACUUCACCACAGAGAUGGAAAAGUCCAACUUCAGUAAUCCCGUCCAUAUCGGCGUCUUUGCUUACCUCCCGACCCUGGGCGCAAAAGAUUCUCCCUUGAAGUCUGAUCCGGAUAUGUUCCAAUACGUUGAAACCGUGAAUAGCUUUACACUGGGCUGCGAGCUGAGCGUCUACGAUCUGAAUUACACGCUCAUCAAUGGCUCCAUCUCCGCAGCCUCAUUCAGGAUUGCCGACAACGACACUUCCAUCCUUGUCAUACGCUCUUUCGGCUGGGAGAUCGCAGACCCGCAGUUUGCUAUCUCGACACUGUCAUCUGUGCUCGGCACCAAGACCAUGUAUGAAGUCGCGCAAAGGUACGCGGCCUCGCUUGAGCGAAACUUGGUAGCCUUCGCCGCUACGGCCUUCGAGCCGCGCAGGAAUUCCGAGGAGCAUAUCCGGCGUAACAUGUUGAUUGCCCGCGUACCCAAGGCUCCUUUGUUUCUCCUCGUUGCGCUUUGUAUUGUGUUUGCGGCUCUGGGCAUCGCCCUUGGCUUGGGCAUCCUGUGCGUCGUAGGACCGACGCGGGUGGGCGACGUGCAGGCGCGCCUGAGUGUCUACGGGCUCCUGGCCAGCCGCUUCGAGGCGCAAGAGCGAGCAGAGGCACCUGUGAAGAAGUUGGAGGAUCUUUUCGAGGAGAGGGACGGCCGGAUGCGCAGUGCUCGCGUUGCCAUCGUGCCGUCGGCUGAGGGAGGCUGGAGGUACUGUGCCGUACGACCUCGGACAAUAAGUCCUCCUGAUGCCUAA